UCCUGUAGUGUUAAGAGUAAACCUGUGGCGGAAGCGAAACAGCGAAGUUCAUCGAAGAUGUCUGCAAUAUCUACGUCCAUGGUCCAGUUUAGUGUGAAUCUGUUCCAGAACAUUCCAAACAAUUCAACUUCAAACGUAUUUUUUUCUCCCCUGAGUGUAUUCACUGCUCUGGCCUUGACAUUGGGCGGUGCAGCAGACGACACGGCUGAUCAGAUAGCUGCAGGUCUGGGUAUUAACACCAACGAUGAAUGUGUACAUGAAUCCCUUGGAAUGUUACAAAGUGAAGUCAUUGCAAGUGAUGGAGUCAUCGUAAAUGUUGCAAAUAAACUAUUCACCAAAGAAGGAAAGCAGUUGAAACAGGCAUUCUUGGAUUUAGCGAAAACAGCAUACAAAAGCAAUGUUGAGGCUUUAGAUUUUGCAGCCAAAUCUGACGAAUCGAGACAGAUCAUCAAUAAAUGGGUGGAAGCUGAGACAAAUGAUAAAAUCAAGGAUUUAAUCCCAGAAGGAACUAUUGACAGGGAUACAAUAAUGUGUCUUGUUAACGCCAUAUAUUUUAAAGGAAGUUGGAAGGAUAUGUUUGACCAGAAAAAUACUAGAAAGGAGAAUUUCUUUGUUACCCCGGAAAAAUCUGUUGAAGUCGACAUGAUGAAUCGUAACGGGGAGUAUGGAUUUGGUUGGGAUGGUGAUUUGGAAGUAUCUAUAUUAGAACUACCGUACAAUAAAGAAGAAAUUAGUAUGUUCCUAGUCCUGCCUAGUUACGCCGAUGGCUUCCCAAAACUCAUCUCUCAACUGACGGCAGACUUCUUUACCAAAGCAACACGUAAUUUACAUAAAACUGAAGUCAACGUUGCUAUUCCAAAGUUCAAACUCGAAGAAACCAUCAACCUUGACAAAAUCCUCACAAAAGUAGGCAUCAAUGAUUUAUUUACACGGGGUAAGGCUAACCUCUCUGGAAUAGUAGAUACAGGUGAUUUGUAUGUGUCCAAAUUCGUGCACAAAGCAGCUAUUGAGGUCAACGAGGAGGGAAGCGAGGCCGCCGCUGCCAGUGCAGUUACAUUUGCAUCCUUCAGCAUGCCUCCUCAGUUCACCGCCGACCAUCCUUUCCUGUUCUUCAUCAGACAUAACAAAUCUGGAGUUAUUCUCUUCCAAGGUGCGGUUACCAACCCUCUUGAAUAAUGACAUUGAUGAAAGUGACAAUGCUUACACUAUUUGAGCUAGAUAUUUGAACAUUGCAGUUUUUGUACACCCUUCUGCUCCUUAUUAGGAUAUUUUUCAUUGAUCGAAAGCCAUACUUGGUUUAGCCAUAUUUUGGUCCUACAUGUGUCAUACUUAAGGAAAAUCUGGGGCAAAUAUAGAGUACACGGGUCUAAUUGCGGAUAAAACGAUCUAAAAAAAGUACAUAUAAUGGAUAUUUGUGAAAUUCCGGCAUUUGUGAGGCCUCUGCAUUUAUAGAAGAAAACGCCAAUGUACACAGAUAUAACAUACAUGUAUCAUGAGCAAAUUGACAUUUACCAAACAUAAUAACAAAUGAAAAUAUGUAGUUCUUGGUUCCAAUAUAUUCAGGUUCAAUAGUUAUUUUGUUCAUUUCAUAUAAUUAAAACUCAAGAUUGGUCCAAGUCAGAGUAUCAUUUACUUACUCUUUCAAGACGUGAUAUUUUUGUAUUUCAUGUCUCAGCAUUCACUGAAUGUUAACAUGAUUGAUUACAAAAAGAUCGAGCUUAGGCUAAGUCAUGUCAUUUCAUAUCAAAAUUCAUAGGAAUUGGCAAUACUUCCAAAAGAUUUUGUAUCUGCAAUUUGCACCAAAAAUAGACCAUCAUAUAAAUGUUUUCCCUGGACAAAACAAGGCUUGGUCAAAAUGUGCCCUACAUAAGGGGCAUUUCAUGUGCAAAUCGUAACCAUGUCCAUGCACCUGUGUAUAAUUUCCAAGGCAAUUAUUUCUUUAGAUCUGAUAUGUAAGCAAUUUUUGUUUUCAAGGUCUACUAUUUACAGAGAAUAUUUUCAAAUAAUUCUAUCCAUGGUAAAAGUUACUUGCCAUUCUUAACUUCUUUCAAUAUGGUAUAUUUCAGCAUUAAAGAUUGGCUCUAACUCCCUUUUAGUGAGCAGUCUAAACAUAACAAGUUUGAUUGUCUUUUCUAUUGUAUUGCACCAUUUCGUACGCAUUACAUUGCAUUUAUGUGUGUGUUCAAGAAAUAAACACCCUGUUAGAUUAUAAGUGUCUCAAUGUUGCAUAAUCUUGAGUGAAGUAAUGUGAAAUUUAAGUGCAUGCCUACCCCCACACUUCCCCCAACACCCGGUCUAACCAUUUCAUCUUGAUUUAGUUGCUGUAAUUUCCAUGAUUGUAUCUAUGGCAGCAUGCCCAUAUGAUAAC